AAUGGACAACAUUUAAGAUAAGUUGUGUUAAGUUAAACAUUUUGAUUGCUGCUUAAACGUCAUAACAGCUCAAUCUACGUCACAGAAGAUGUUUCGUCAUACCGGUUACGUCAUGUCGAUACCGUUGUGGAUUUGCGUCCUGGCAACAGUGGUCGAAUGUACUGACGAUGGAAGUUCGUUUAGAGAUCAAUUCCUUGGAUUGCCAGGCCUUCUACACGCCGCUAGCACCGAUCCAAUAUCGAACGGAGUCGCGGAAGAGACGGAAGUAGACACGAGCGACGACGAAAUGGAGUCCUCACUUCGUAUCGCUUCCCGCAUGCGUAGUUUAAACGCUGUAUCCGGUGAUAAUGUGAACUUCAAAUGCAAAGUCGCUUCUGCAUCUCAGACCAAUCUUACAUUCACUUGGUACAAAGAAGACCUUCUCAUUGACCCUGCUUAUGACGAAAGAGUGAACAUUGUUAAGCGCAAAUGGGGUUCACGCAUGCGCAUUAAAGAGGUGUUUACAUCGGAUUCGGGACUAUACAGAUGUGAAGCAUCAGACGGCAUCAGUCGCGUACAAACUUCUGCACACUUAAAAGUAUCCUUCCGGAAACCACCGCCCCCUGGUAAAAACGAAAAGCCAAAAAUUGACUACUUCGCUGGUAAAUGUGAAAAAUACACGGGUGUUGCAUGCGCUGAGUUCCUUAAUGGUGUGGAUAUCUAUGUUGAAGCAUUCGUUCCUCAAUCUCUUAUGGAAUCCCAAAUAACAACUGCCCUCACACAAAUAUCGGACACCAGACACGUAUCAGAGAAAUGCCAGAAGUUUGCUGUUCCCGCGUUUUGUUAUUUCGUGUUCCGUCCCUGCCACCAUAACGCUACAGGGGACCUAGUAAAAGGAGACGGGUUAUGCCAAGAAGAUUGUAAUACCCUCAAGCAUGAUAUCUGCCAUGAGGAAUACGUACAACGCGCACAGCAUCCGUUUAUGAAGCAACUAUUCGACACUGCAAAAUGCUCCAUUCUGAAGUCUUCGCAGUCAUCCGAAUGCACAAGUGUCGGACUCCCACAAGCUAGUGAAGAUGAUUGCUACAAUGACGAUGGGUCAGAAUACACGGGAAGAACGAACAUCGCAGAAACUGGGGAACUGUGCAAGUCAUGGCCGGCACACAUGACCGACAAGAAAUUCGUUGGUGGAAAUAACUUUUGUCGCAACCCCGGUCACGGGAUGAGCCAACCCUGGUGUUUUGUUGACGAACAAAGAACUGAGAAAAAAGUUUGCAAAAUCUCCAAAUGCUCAUCCACAAACAUUUUGUUCAUCGCCCUACCGUGUGGAUGUGCAUUAAUCGUAAUCGUUGCUAUUAGCCUAUACUGCAUUUGCUGCCGAAGAAAACCAUCCAAUCAGAGCACACCAUCUCAGUCUAAAGUUCCGCUACUGUCCAAUCAGAUUAAAGUUCACCAAGUCCAAUCUUCUUCCAUUCGUUUCGAAACAAACAUCGGUCACGGUUUAUUUGGCCCUGUGUUCAAAGCCCGUCUCACCAACGAAGCAAAUUUCGCGAACGGAUAUCCGGUUGCAAUCAAAUCCCUGCAGGAAAACUACACGCAAUCUCACUUGGAAGUUUUCAACAAAGAACUGGAAUUGUUCUCAGCUAUUGAUCAUCAAAAUGUCGCUUGCUUGAAGGCGGUAGCGAUGCACCCGAAAUGUUUAGUGUUCGAACACAGCGACCUGCCGACUCUGCAAGAUCAACUCACGAUGCAGUCACCCGCGAAUGACGUCACCAAGCCACCGAUCGAUAACAAUGCGAGUCACGCGAACUUCGUCGGCAUGGCAGCUCAAGUCGCUGCGGGCAUGGAAUACCUCAGCAGUAAAAACUUUGUACACCGAGAUAUCGCGUCAAGAAACAUUCUAAUGUUCAAUAAUGGAACUUUGAAGAUAUGUAACCUUGGUAUUAUCAUGGAGUCGAAUGCAUCAAGUUAUUACACACCACCACAGAGUCACCAUAUGUUUCCAAUCAGAUGGAUGGCCCCGGAAUCUAUUCACAGUUGGCAGUUUUCUGACAAGUCUGCAGUUUGGUCGUUUGGAGUUCUUCUGUGGGAAAUUUUCAGCUAUGGAUUGCAACCUUACUGUGGAUACAGCAACCAUGAGGUGUUGGAUAUGAUCAGUCGUCGACAGUUGCUUACAUGUCCUGACCAGUGUCCAGCCAAAGUAUAUUCACUCAUGCAUGAAUGUUGGUGUGCACAACCAAACCAAAGACCAUCCUUUACCGAAAUCCUGAUGAAACUGAACGGUUGGAAAACACCCCAGGUCGAUUUGCCGAUGAAGAACGUUCAAAUGAUUUCCAGUGUGACGUCACCAUCCCCACCACCUGAGUACACAACCCUUCCCACCGGAACAAACGCUCCCUGGAAGAGUCAUCCCGUCUCUUCAUCUGAGAGAUCUUAUCCAUCAUCCAGUGAUCGACGUUUCAACCCCAGUGACGUCAGCAGUCGUGCGUCAUCAAGGGACGAGUACCACCCGGUACAUCCCCAACAUCGAUACUACCCCAUUGACGUCAUUUCGGGUUCGACUGACGUCACAAACGUUCCUGAGUCUUAUGACGCGGUGCUUCCCCAGGAACACAGAGAUUUCGAGACAUAUGACGUCGUCGCUCGUCGCGAUGCAAACCAGACCACGUGAUCGCUUUUCACUGACACCUAGCGGUUGUAUAUUCGUCAGAAGUUCAUAUAUAGCGAAGAUUCGAGAACUCGCAAAGAACAAUGGAUAACAACGCCAAUUGUUUCUAAUGAUAAGAAACGCUAUUUCAUUAUUAUAUCCAUCGUCGUAUCUCGAGGUACAAACCUACUGCCCGCCCCCGCCAUACAAAUCCUAUCUCUUUCUCAUAUUUUCUUCACCUUCUUAUUUAUCACCUUAUCCUCGUUUGGUGCGUUAUGUACAAAGGGGCUGCUGUAGUGUAUUAAGGUGUCUGCCUUCUCUAUCUAAGCGUCGAUGAUGUUUUGUUGUAUUCGUGUAGCAUGUCUUGUUCGUAUAUAAAGUAGCCCAACAAAU